UCAUUAGAAUUAACAAUGAUAUAUUCUGGUAUUUUGUCCCAACAGAAUGGAGAUACAGGAAGCAGAACACUAAAACGAGAAAAUCCACACAAAUACCUACUCUAUAAACCUACAUUUUCUCAGCUAAUGGUAUUUCUAGCAUCAGGCUUUAAAGAACUUCCAGCCAAUGGUGCAAUGCUCCUAUAUAUUUCUGCAGAUGGAGCAUUUUCUACCUCCAAGCACCCUCAGGACCCUGGUUAUGAUUAUGGUGGAGUUGUUACAAACAGCAAAAGAGAUCCCGAUCACUCAAAUAAGCGUGUCAUGCAACUAAAGGAUAUGCAUUGUUUUUAUCCUGGGGACCUGUAUGCUUUCACACGCAAGCCUUUGUUUCUGGUUGUGGAUUCCGAUAACUCGCCAGUUUUUGCAAAUAUGCCACACUACUUUGGUCAGCCUCUUGUGGUUUUGAUGUCACCACAAGAUACACCAUCUCAGUUUCAUGAUCAGCACCACCGAGGAAACUUGUUCACCUUAUUCCUACAUUCUCCACUAAUGGGGAUGUGUCUAGUGAGCUCAGCAUGUGAAGUGCCCAUGAAUCUGUGGGAGAAGUGUCAAGCACUUGUUGAUAGGUUCAUCUCUGAGGCAUCCAGAUUAGUCACGCGUGGGAGGAGUGUAGAUCCAUCUUUUCUUCAAUUUUUUGGUGAUGAUUUCCUGAGACUUUUGACUCUACGCUUCAUCUUCUGCUCUACAGUGUUAAGGGCACACAGAGCUUUUAAG